AUGAAGGCGUGGCGCCCGCGUGUCAUUGUCCUUGCCAAGCUAGCCCUUUCCCCUUCUGCCUCUCCACCUAGGCUAGCCCUUUCCCCUUCUGCCUCUCCACCUAGGCUGGCCCUUUCCCCAUCUGCAUUUUCCACCCAGGCUUGCCUCACCCCUUCUCAGCAUCCCACCCUGGCUUGCCUUUCCCUUCUUCCCUCCCCACCCUUGCUUGCAUUUCCCCUUUUCCCUCUCCACCCAGGCUUGCCUCUUCCCUUCUCCCUCCCCACCCAGGCUUUCCUUUGUCCUUCUGCCUCCCCAUCCUGCCUGGCCUCUUCCCUUCUCCGUCCCCACCCAAAAUUUCCUUUUCCCUCCCCACCCUUGCUUGCCUUCCCCCUUCUCCCUCCCCACCCAGGCUUGCCUUUCCCCUUCUGCCUCCCCACCCAGGCUUGCCUUUCCCCUUCUCCCUCCCCACCCUGGCUUGUCUUUCCCCUUCUCCCUCCCCACCCAGACUUGCUUUUGGCCUUCUGCCUCCCCACCCAGGCUUGCCUUUCCCCUUCUCCCUCCCCACCUUGGCUUGCCUUUCCCCUUCUCCCUCCCCACCCAGACUUGCCUUUGAACUUCUCCCUCCCCACCCGGGCUUGCCUUUCCCCUUCUCCCUCCCCAACCAAACUUUCAUUUGCCCUUCUGCCUCCCCAACCUGGCUGA